AUGAUCUUUCGUUUUGUACAGCUUGUACAGUUUGUACUGGACGUGGUACCAAUACCAAGCGCAAAAGCAAGGCUACCGUCCCAAAACCAUCUCGGGGAUCAGGGCUUAAUCCGUCGGGACAGCCAGCCAACGAUCAGCUCAACAUUCCCUCAGAACGACUAUGAAUGCCCGACAAUAUGUUCGAUCCGUAUGAUAGAGGUGGAGGUGGGCAAGGGAGACAUUUGCAUGGCCUGCAAGGACCGUACGACGUGUGACCCGGCAGGUGUCAAUGCCCUCAACACCAUAUGCGGUUCCACGAACUCUGUGUGCGCUGGGCCUUCUGUGAUGGAGCCGUCAUCGUCAUCACAGCCUCAAGACAUUACGCCUACAAAAGAGGUCCAUCAACAAAUCAUAUGCAAGGCAAAACAUGGGGUUGUUGGUUGGCUUUUCACGAAGUAUGCGAUGUCGCAAACUGCAGCAGAUCGGAAACACCUCAUCAAGAAAGCCAUUUUAGAUGCAGUCCCAAGAAUUUUCUCGUUGACCGUUUCAUUCAAUUCCCUAGUCACUAAAGAACAAUAUCGUCCUGUAUCCCAAGCACUUACAAAUGCACGUGGCAAAAUUAUCGACAUUGCUCGCAGCGGUGUACCUCAUGCGUACGAGCUAUACUGCCCGAGUGGAUAUAUGGAACGGACACCAACUCAAUACCGGGUGCAUAUAGCUAUGACACUUACCCGUACAGGCUCGUUGACGGUCAUGCACUCGCAUCAUUUUGAUCCGGAUGGUAACAUACAUGUUCACAGUCAUUUCGACCAUUCGUUCAUCAAGCACAUCAUGAUCCGGUUCAUUUGGUAUCUUCGACACGAAACCUUCCUUGGCGAAUCCCCCCUCACGAAGAUCAACUACAUCAUCGCGAUUGCCGUAGCGGCUGUUUACUGUGUACUGCAGGAACAACGGAUGCCGAUGCCAUCCAUUGAUCCCUUCACAGGUCUGGUCCAUUACAACAAAUUUGUUGAGGUCAUUGCCGUCCUCGAUGGUCUUGAUGGAGAAGAUAAAAAGGCGCUGGAAAGUUUUAAGCUUGAUAUGCUCGAAGUUGGACCAUCGCAGAUGCACACUAAUAUUGAGGCUGAUGAUGAUGAUGAUGAUUUACUAUACGAGUAG